AUGGAGGCAAGUAUCAAACGACAAGAAGAUGUUCAAGCAAAGAAAUCUGCAGAUAUAUCUCAACUGAUAAAAACGAUGAGUGGUAUGGGGGCUAUUAUAACACAGGAGGUAGAUAAAUCUAUGAGGAAAACAAGAUCGGAAACAGAUUCUGCUAAUAAUCAAGUAGGAUCGGACUCUAGUAACAGGUCAAAUAUGGGAGGUACUAAUACUAACUCGUAUUUCUCAAAUAAGUAUUCUCACCAUCAUAAACCUAAGGUUGAUUUUCCUAGAUUUGGAGGGAUUAAUCCUAGAUCUUGGAUUAGAAACUGUAAAAAGUAUUUUCAGCUCCAUCCUUUGGAUGAAGAGCAGAAAGUACACAUGGCUUCCUUAUACUUAGAAGAUAAAGUUUAUGUGUGGUUCCAAUAUUAUCAAGAGGGUGAGUUCAAUAAACUGAACCAAACUGGUACCGUGUUGGAGUAUCAAGAGAUAUUUGAAGAGAUGAAGGCCUUAAUGAUUGCUAAGAACAAAUACCUCCCUGAAGAAUAUUUCACUUCCAGUUGGAUCAGUGGGUUGAAGGAAGAAAUAAGGAUAGUUGUACAAAUGUUUAACCCUACUGGAUUGAGGCAGGCCAUUCACUUAGCCAAAAUGCAAGAAGCACUCUUAGAAACCACUGCAAGGAGAAGCAAGGUAACACCAAAAUUACCUCCUAUACAUAUACCCAACAACAAUAGAGCUAUUUUGACUUCUCCAAGCUGUGAUGAGGUCUUCAGCAAAGGGCAUAAGUGUGUGAAGCAACAACUAUUUAUGUUAGCUGCUGAUGAGGAGGAUUCUGCACAGUCUGAAGAAGAGUCACCUGGGAGAUCACCACUCAUUCAAGAGUUAGCAGAGGAGGAGGGCCAUCAGUUUGAAUUUGACUUGAGACUGUUGCCCCUAGGUGGUUGUGAUAUGGUCUUAGGAGUUGAUUGGAUGAAGACUAUUAGCCCUGUGCAAUUUGACUUCUCCAAGCUAUCCAUUACUUUUAAUAGGAAGGGUGAAUGUAUUGAACUAACUGGAAUGUCAGACACUACUCCAGGUAUUUCCUUAGUGACAGGUGAUGAGUGUGACAAACUCUUAAGAAGUGAGAAGAAGACGCAAAUAUUCAUGGCACAUUUAGUCUCACUCAGAGCCAUUGAAUCUGACCCCACUAUACCUGUACCCCUUAAGCCUCUCCUUAACUCAUUUGAGUCAGUGUUCAGAGAACCUAACACCCUACCUCCACACAUGAACCAUGAUCACCACAUUCCUCUUAAACCACUUUCAACUCCUCCAAAUCAAGGACCCUAUAUGAUUCCCUAUGUGCAGAGGGAGAUAGUGCAAAAGCUAGUACAAGAAAUGCUAAAUGCUGGGAUUAUCAAACCUAGCCACAAUCCUUUCUCUUCCCCAAUUUUAUUAGUUGAAAAGAAAGAUGGGACUUGGAGAUUCUGUGUAGACUAUAGAAAGUCACAGAUUGAGUACCUGGGUCACAUCAUAAAUGGGGAAGGAGUAGCUGCAGACCUUGAGAAGAUCUCUUGUAUGAAUAAUUGGCCUACACCAAAGACUAUCAAGGAAUUGAGAGGGUUCUUGGGACUUACAGGAUAUUACAGGAAGUUUGUAAAGGGGUAUGUAAUGAUUUAUUUCUCAAAGCCCUUUGAGUUGUCCACUGAUGCUUGUGACACAGGGGUAGGAGCUGUCUUGAUGCUGAACAAAAGACCCAUUGCAUUUUUUAGCAAGGGAAUGGGAACCAGGUUUUUAGCUCUAUCAACAUAUGAAAAGGAGAUGAUGGCAGUGGUCAUGGCAGUGACUAAGUGGAGAACUCACUUAAUAGUAAAUCAGUUCAUCAUAUAUACUGACCAUCAGAGUAUUAAAUACUUUCUGGAACAGAGAAUUCACACAAAUCUGCAGCAUAAAUGGCUUUCAAAACUCUUGGGAUACACCUAUGAGUUGAGGUAUAAAAAGGGUAUUGAGAAUAAGGUAGCAGGUGCCUUAUCCAGGGUUGAUCCAGUAGAGAACUAUAGCUACCAACAAGGUGUGUUGAGAUUCAAAAAUAGAAUAUAUGUGGGUGUGAGUGGUUGUCUUAGAAAGAAGAUAUUAGAAGCAAUUCAUACCUCAGCCAUAGGAGGGCGUUCAGGUUCCCAAUCUAGCUAUCAGAGAGCUAAGUUAUACUUCUAUCGGAAGGGAAUGGAACAACGGAUACUGCAAUAUGUACAAGAAUAUGACAUUUUUCAGCAGCACAAGAGUUUCAACACCUUACCAGUAGGGCUCUUACAACCUAUGCCAAUACCAGAUUCAACAUGGGAACAUAUUAGCAUGGAAUUCAUCACAGGGCUACUCAAAUCUGAAGGAAGAACAAUAAUCUUAGUAGUGGUGGACAGAUUUACCAAAUACAACCAUUUCUUGGUCCUCAGUCACCCCUAUACUGCCUUAUCAGUAUCCAAGCCAUAUCGCCAAACUUCAAUUCAGCUGAGAAGAAAUUUAAAGCUUGCAUCCAAGUUUUAUGGUCCUUACAAGGUGUUAGCCAAGAUAGGUGCAGUGGCAUAUAAACUGGAUUUACCUGCCAGUUCAAGAAUCUAUUCCACUUUUCAUGUCACUCAGCUUAAACCUAAGGUAGGAAAAGGAGUGGUACUUCAGAUAAAGCUGCCUACCACUGACUCAGCAGGCAACAUCAAGGUGGAACCUUUGAAGAUUUUGGCUACCAGAAAGAUCAAGAAAAAUCAACAGGAAAUACCACAGAUAUUGAUACAAUGGAAGGAUAUGACUGAAAGUGAAGCUACCUGGGAAGACAAGCAGUUCAUAGCUGAACAGUUCGAAAACUUCAUCCUUGAGGACAAGGAUCUUUAG